GGAGGAGGAGGAGGAGGAGGAGGAGGAUUCUCUGGCAGACCCUUGGCAAGAACCAGGAUGAUUCAGUACUCCAUUCUCUUGCUGUGGAUGCGACUGGAUUGGGGCCUCUUGCUCAGUCCCAGCGACCCCAACGUGUGCAGCUACUGGGAAAGCUUCACAACCCCCUCCAAGGAGUCCUAUGUGCAGCCAUACUCCCAGGCCUUCGAGGAGCCUUGCGACGGCACGUGGCCCUUCGCCAAGACCUGCACUCGCCACAAGGUUCUCUACAAGGUAGCCUAUCGGCAAGGCGUAAAGAUCGACUACAGGAGGCGCCAUCACUGCUGCAAUGGCUACUAUGAGAGCGAGGAGCGCUGUGUCCCUAGCUGCGCCCAGGAGUGCGUCCAUGGGAGGUGUGUGGCUCCAAACCAAUGCCAGUGUGCCGACGGCUGGAAGGGGCCCGACUGCUCCAGCGGGUGCAACGGCCUGUCCUGGGGGCCAGACUGCCAGCAGCCCUGCAGGUGCUUGAACGGAGGCAGCUGCCACCCCCUGUCUGGGGCCUGCCUUUGCCCACCGGGCUAUAAGGGCCCCUCCUGCGAGGAGCCCUGCCCCCCGGGUACCUAUGGCCAGGGCUGCCAGCUGGACUGCCACUGCGAGAAUGGCGCCGAGUGCGACACAAAGACAGGGGCCUGCCUGUGCGCCCCGGGAUUCAGUGGCCCACACUGCGAGCAGUCCUGCCAAAACGACACCAGCGGCUUCCAGUGCCUGGCCCUGUGUCCUUGCCAGAAUGGGGGCAUCUGCCACCCCCCUGAGACCAGCAAGUGCGCCUGCCCUCCAGGAUGGAUGGGCGACAUCUGCUCCUUCCGCUGCCCCGAAGGGCACUUUGGCUCCAGCUGCCAAGGGGAGUGCAGGUGCCACAACGGAGGCCUCUGCAACCAGGAAUCUGGGCAGUGCCAGUGUGCGCCAGGCUACACUGGGGAGAGGUGCCGCGAGAAGUGCCCCAUCGGCCGCUACGGGCAGGACUGCGGGCAGGAGUGCGACUGCACCAAUGGCGGGCGCUGCUUCCACAUUAACGGAGCCUGCCUCUGCGAAGCCGGCUUCUUGGGCAGCCGCUGCGAGGAGCGAAAGUGCCUGCCAGGUCUCCACGGCCUCUCCUGCCACCUGCCCUGCCUCUGCCACCCACGCCACACACAGAGCUGCCACCCGCUCUCUGGAGAAUGCACCUGCAAGCCGGGCUGGGCAGGACUCUUCUGCAACGAGACCUGCCCCCCUGGGCACCAUGGCUUUGGCUGUCAGGAGCCCUGUUUGUGCCUGAACGGAGGGACCUGCGACGGUGAGACGGGGCUCUGUGCUUGCCCGCCAGGCUACAUGGGUGCCCACUGCUCCAUGCACUGCCCUCCUGAGACCUUUGGGGUCAACUGCUCCCUGCCUUGCACCUGCCACAACGCCCUCGCCUGCUCUCCCAUUGACGGGACCUGUGUCUGCAAGGAAGGUUGGCAAGGUGCAAACUGCUCCCUCCCCUGCCCCGCAGGCACCUGGGGCUCUGCUUGCAACAGGACCUGCCGCUGCGCCAACAGAGCUUCCUGCAGCCCGGUCAGUGGGGCAUGCGCAUGCGCAGCAGGCUGGCAUGGCCGCCAGUGUGAGGAGCCCUGCCCGGAAGGCUUCUACGGCCUCGGCUGCAGCAGCAGGUGCUCCUGCCAGAACGCAGAACGCUGUGAUCCUGUUCUGGGGCAGUGCCACUGCCUACCUGGGUGGACAGGCCCCAGUUGCAGCCAGGAGUGUGCAGACGGCCUGUGGGGGCGCAAUUGCAGCCAGCUAUGUCUCUGCAAGAAUGGGGCCACCUGCUCCCCCAAGGAUGGGAGCUGUGACUGCCCCCCGGGCUUCCGGGGUGCCACCUGCCAACGCCCCUGUCAGCCAGGGCGUUAUGGCAAGAAAUGCUCUGUGCCCUGCAAGUGUGCCAACCACUCCAUCUGCCACCCAGUGGACGGUUUGUGCGAUUGCCCUCUUGGCUGGACGGGCAGUGACUGCUCCGAACGCUGCCCUGCAGGGCUCUUUGGUGCCAGCUGCACCCAGCAGUGCCAGUGUUGGUGGGAGGCCCCCUGCGAGCCGGACUCUGGGAGGUGCCUGUGCCCCUCUGGCUACACUGGAGUCCACUGUGAGACCCGGACACUCGACCCGCCCCCCCUGACCAUGGUUCCUGCCAUUCCUGCCAGCAACCCCUCCCUGGGGGCUGUGAUGGGCAUCGUCAGCCUGGCUCUCCUGCUGGUGGGCGUACUUGUGGCCUUCCUCUGCUACCGGCACUGGCAGAAGGACAAGGAGCAUCGCCACAUGGCUGUGGCCUACACAGCGAGGAUGGAUGCCUCAGAGUACGCCGUGCCAGACGUCCCUCCCAGCUGCACCCACUACUACUCCAACCCCAGCUACCACACCCUGUCACCCUGCUGCCCCAGCCUCCCCUGCCCCAGCCCCCCUGAGCAGCCUGGCUCCAGCAAGCUGAUCAGCAAUACAAAGAGCCUAGAGCGAGACUGGCCAGGAGUGUGUGGGGCCGACUGCAAUGCCACGCUGCCCGCUGACUGGAAGCACCACAGGGCCACUCCAGCAGAGCCAGGUAAGGCUGUGGCAUCUCCCCACUCCUCCUCCACGAGCCCUGGGCUGAGGCAGAGACCCAUCUGUGCCUGUCACUCAGGAGCACGGCCACUUUUUCUCAGAGCACCCUACGCAUGUCCCCGUCCCCCUCCUAGGUCAGUUUGCUGCUCCUGUAGAGAGCCUUCCCCAUAGGGCAGGCACCCCAGCACACAUUCCUCCCUAAGGGUUUUUGUCUUUCCUGCAAACCUGGAGGCCUCCCUGGAAAUGGGGGAGCAAGAUACCGUAUGUUCCAGAACCGCCUUCAGCAAUUUGAUGGACCC